AUGCUGGACCACCUGGCGAUAUGCUGGACCACCUGGCGAUAUGCUGGACCACCUGGCGGUAUACUGGACCACCUGGCGGUAUACUGGACCACCUGGCGAUAUACUGGACCACCUGGCGAUAUGCUGGACCACCUGGCGAUAUGCUGGACCACCUGGCGAUAUGCUGGACCACCUGGCGAUAUACUGGACCACCUGGCGAUAUACUGGACCACCUGGCGAUAUGCUGGACCACCUGGCGAUAUGCUGGACCACCUGGCGAUAUGCUGGACCACCUGGCGAUAUGCUGGACCACCUGGCGAUAUACUGGACCACCUGGCGAUAUACUGGACCACCUGGCGAUAUGCUGGACCACCUGGCGAUAUACUGGACCACCUGACGAUAUGCUGGACCACCUGGCGAUAUACUGGACCACCUGGCGAUAUGCUGGACCACCUGGCGGUAUGCUGGACCACCUGGCGAUAUGCUGGACCACCUGACGAUAUGCUGGACCACCUGGCGAUAUACUGGACCACCUGGCGAUAUGCUGGAUCACCUGACGAUAUGCUGGACCACCUGACGAUAUGCUGGACCACCUGGCGAUAUGCUGGACCACCUGGCGAUAUGCUGGACCACCUGGCGAUAUACUGGACCACCUGGCAUAAACUGGACCACCUGGCGAUAUACUGGACCACCUGGCGAUAUACUGGACCACCUGGCGGCAUGCUGGACCACCUGGCGGUAUGCUGGACCAUCUGGCGAUAUACUGGACCACCUGACGAUAUGCUGGACCACCUGGCGAUAUACUGGACCACCUGGCGAUAUACUGGACCACCUGGCGGUAUUCUGGACCACCUGGCGAUAUGCUGGACCACCUGGCGAUAUACUGGACCACCUGACGAUAUGCUGGACCACCUGGCGAUAUACUGGAUCACCUGGCGAUAUGCUGGACCACCUGACGAUAUGCUGGAUCACCUGACGAUAUGCUGGACCACCUGGCGAUAUACUGGACCACCUGGCGAUAUACUGGACCACCUGACGAUAUGCUGGACCACCUGA